AUGCCUUGGAAAGAGGUUGCUCGCGAACACGAAAACAUACGGUUAAACGUCAACAACCCGCGUCCUCCGAGAGACAACUGUUUAUAUGGCGUGUUGCCUCAUAAUUCGGGUGGUGUCGGUGGUCUAAUGGCAAACUCUGGAGCUGUGAUUGAUCUUCGUGAAUCUCCUCCGCCGCCCGUCACGGCAACGCGCUUUUCGAGUCCGAGUCCUCCUCAGAUCAUCAUCCGUCACCCUGCAUACAAAUCUAGUCGUCUUCUUGAUAUUCCGGCAUUCGACGGCAGCGAAAGCUGCCCUGGCCUUCAUCACGGAACUAUUGCGCUGAUAUGCGGGAUUGUUACAGACAAUCGCUUCGAUGGCUGGCUGUCAAAGACUCGAGAUGGGGAUCCGCUAUAUCUAGAAAGUGAUGAUCUACUUCCUGCCGGGGAAUACUUCUUUCAUGUUCCUUGGCCAGAUGGCGUGAUCCCGAACGAGCAUCAAAUUCCAUAUAAAUAUCCAGUCGUCCCAACUUUUCGACACUGGGUCUUUCCACACAACAAUCUACCUGCAGAAUGGCAGCCUCGCAACAUAUCGCCCAUGCAACAAACCAGCCCGAUAUUUCAGAGGUCGAGUGUUUCUCAAAUGGUUAGAGCUCGUGACGGUGGCUGCUGCGUCAGUUCGAGCCAGGAUGGGGUGGAAGGUGCGCAUAUUGUCCCUGAAGGGGAAGACGAGUGGUUUCGAGAGCAAGAGAUGGAUCAAUACAACCCUAUCUUAUGGAUGGUCGGCGCUAAGCCCGUAAACAAUCCCGCCAACAUGUUGGCCCUACGAGCAGACAUUCACAUUGUGUUCGAUGCGAAAGGGUUCGUCUUCACCAAGAAAUACGGUUCAUGGGUGUUACACUCCCUCACCUCAACUGCCAACCUGGGUUUUGAGUACCAUAACACGAAGGUUCGACUGCCAGCCGAUAUACACCCAAGCUUCAUUUUAAGCCGCCUCGCUUCGGCGGUAUUUCCCCUUUUACAAAACUUUUUCAAUCGCGGAGAACCUAGAGUGGUGAGGGUGGAUUCGGAAGAUCUGGAAAUGACCUCACACGAACUGCGAGAUGCUUACUUUACCCAAACGAGUCCACCAACAGCAACCCCGGAGCUACUUGACUGCGAGACCAACUCCGAAUCUUCCCGGACAUCGACACUAGCUUACGAGAAACCCUUCCAUAAUGAUCAUUGUUGGACUCAGCGCCUUGCAGCUCUUCGACAUGAAGCGCUGGUAAAACAGCGUAAGAUCAACGCAGGCCUUAUGUGCUGUGACUACAAUCUGGCGGAAGAUGCGGUUGCGCAGGGGUUAAAGGGCCCGAAGAGGUUUGGAGGAGCGCACGUUUGUAUGCAGUGUCUGGGCGUGGAAUUCAAAGAUGAAUACCUGUGA